AUGGCUACCUUAAACACUAGGAACUAUUCGAAUACUUUCCUAGGUUUAGCAACUCAACUUGGAAUAUCCGGUGGUAUAUUAGCAUAUUGUUUGUUACAGUUUGAAUGGAAUCGGCGUCAAAAGUCCAUGAAAUAUUUAUAUUCUCCACGUACAAAGCUUUCAAAAAAUGCAUCACCACCAAUUCCUCCUGGUCUAUUUUCUUGGAUCAAGGUUUCCCUUUCUUUAAAUGAAGAAUUUUAUUUGAAGAAUGUUGGUUUAGACGCCGUGAUGUACAUUCGAUUCCUAAAGAUGGCAUUCCAAUUUUUACUAUUUAACGUCUUAAUUGUUGGCCCAAUCCUUAUUCCGAUAAAUUAUUAUGCUGGAGGCACAAAUGAGGGAGUUGCUAGACUUUCCAUUAGCAAUAUUCCUAGUGGCAUUAAAGAUCCGUUAUGGGCUCAUAUAAUAUGUACAUAUCUGGUGAGCUUAAGUUGGAUGUAUCUUUUAUAUAAAAAUUAUUGUGAUUACAUAGAUAUGUUUAGGCAGCAUCUCUUAAACAGGGUGAAAAAUGACCCGAUUACUGCUCGAACAGUGAUGGUUUCAAGGAUUCCUCCUGAACUGAGAACUGAAGAAAAACUUAGAGAGUUUGUAGAAAAGCUAGGCUUGGGACCUGUUGAAUCGACUAGAAUGGUACGGCACAUAGGAAAAUUAGAUAGAAAGAUAAAGAGACGAGAGGAUGUUCUGCUAGCAUUGGAAAAAGCUCACAUACAACUCGCGAAAAAUGUGUGUAAUGCUAUUAAGAGACGAAAAUUUGGAAUAGCAAGUUUGUUAUUUGGUCGCAGAAAUGACAAUUCACACAUGGCACUUGAAUCAGGUGAGGCAAAGGAACAUCAGAGAAUUCAAUCGAUCAUAGAGUGGCUGGAUGUGCGUAAACGGAAAUGGUCCAAUAAUAAUGGAAAUCAGAUUUCGUCAGAUCAAGAUAAUUUUACUACAAGAAAUGCAACAGUAACUACAGCCAGCACCUUUGCUAAUGAAGAUAUUAUGGAACAAGAGGAUGGAUAUGGUCGUCAAUUUCUCAUAUGGAAUUCCCUUGGUCAGAUAUCAAAAAAAUUACUUGAUAAAUUUCAGCCAAUACACAGAGUGGGAUUUAUGGGAAGUGGAAAAGGUGUUUUGUCGAUCGACCAUUUCAUUAAAAAAUUCAACUAUUUGAACCGUCGUAUUGCAGAACUAAGAUCAUUGCCAAUCAAUGCAAUACCAUAUAAGGCAACAAGUACCGGCUUCGUAACAUUUCGGGAUCAUAUUAGCGCUCAACUUUGUGCACAAAGCAUAAUGUAUUCAAAACCACAUACAUGUACGACAAAAAUGGCACCGGAACCAAGAGAUUUACUUUGGGACAACUUAUUUAUGAGAUUUCGGGAAAAAAUGAUACGUACUGUUAUCGUAAAUAUAUGCGUCUGGGCUUUGACAUUAUUUUGGCUUUUUCCAAUUGUUGCUUUUCUUACGUUGACAUCUAUCGAUUCACUUUCCCGUCGUAUUCAAUUCUUGGGUCCGUUUCUAGAAGCUGCUCCUAUAAUCCGAACCUUGCUUCAAAAUGUAUUGCCAACAGUACUGGUUUCAUUUUUCAUGGCAAUUUUGCCCUGGAUUUUAAUGGAGAUUUCAAAACAAGAAUACUUUCCAUCUUACUCAGCUUUGGAAGAGGCAGUCCUUGUUCGACACUAUUACUUUACUCUCUUCAAUGUUUUCAUAGUAUUCUUGUUAGGAAUUACCUUUUUACAAUCAAUUUUCGAUGUCAUAAACAGUCCGACAAGUAUUUUUGAGGUUUUGGCAAUUAAUCUGCCGCAGGGUGCAACUUUUUUCAUCAACUAUGUUAUUUUCAAUACGUGUACCCACGGACUAGAACUUGUGCAAGUCGGAUCGCAAAUUUUCCUUCACAUAAUUCUUACCUCCCGAUUUGUAGCAACUACUCCACUCCUCGUUAUUACCAUCACUUAUUCAACUAUCAAUCCCUUAAUUCUGGUCUUUGCCCUCAUUUACUAUGCUAUUGCCCUUUUGGUAUUCAAGCAUCAAUUUGCUUAUUGUUACGUGCGCCGAUAUGAAUCCGGUGGAAAGCUAUAUCGCCGCGUCUUUAAAUAUACCACUGAUGGAUUGAUUAUCUUCCAGAUAACCUUCAUCGGUAUGAUUUGGUUGCGCACAGCCAUUGUUCCCGGAGCCUUUCUUGUUCCGCUUUUAAUAGGCACAGGAUAUUUUAAAUAUUAUUGUCACAAAACCUUUUACUCCAGGACACAUUUCUUAGCUCUGGAUACAAGGCUUGAGGUAGACCAAGAUGGUCAAACUGAUGUUGAUAUUCAAACGGAGAAACCUAUUACCCAAUCACCCAAAUCAUCCCAGGAUAAUGACGAUUUAGGUGGAGGCGUGAACACUAAACCAAAAGAGAAUACGGGAAGCAUGUUUGGGAGGAAAUCCACAAGUGACGGAUUUCGUAGAUUAGAAACAAUUUCAGGGAAUGCUAGUGAAAGUAGCACAAAGGAUAAUUUACCUGGAAAAGAUCCUACUUCCUUGGAAAACAGAAGUUUGAUUACUAUGCAGACAAACAAUCAACUAAUGGAAAAGAUUAAUAACAAAAGGGAUAGCAAAAAUGUGUUACUCUGUCCUACGGAGAGCUUAUCUAGAUUUGAGAAGCUUGAACAAAAUCGAGAUGUUGACGUCGAAUGUACAGCAGCAGCCAUUCCGGUUAAACAAUCUCAGACAACCGAUGUAACGGAAAUCUCUCCCGAAUCAACUUCAUACAAAAAAGAAAUAACAAUGGAAAAAAUAGAUAAAGAUGACAAUGCCUCAAACAGUGUAGCCAGACCGAAGAUGAAGUUGUUAAUUCCACCUGCGCUCAAUGCUCCUUUAGUCUCGUCCCCCGACAGUCUCAUGAUGGGUGCUCAUCGUAUGUCUUCAUACGGAAACUUCCGGGACGCCGUGCGUUUUACGCAUAACCCUGAGCAAGAUGAUAUUUCGCAAUAUCCGACAUACACGCAUCCUAAUCUCGUAAAAGCCUUGAGCCGUAAACUUUGGUUGCCUCGUAAUCCUUUCAAAGUGAUAUGCUUGGACGAUACAGUUGAACUAUAUAGAGCAUUAACUUCGAGCGAAGGUGGUUCUGGGGUAAUUGGAUACCUUGGCGAAGCCAGUACAUACUUGGGCGAAGCUAGAGUUAGCAUUUACGGAGAACACGAAUUUCCUAUUUCUCCACUUCAUCAACGUGGUACUACUGGCGAAUCUGAUGUUCGAAAAAUGAGGUCCGCUGAAGCCAUUCAUGAUGGUAACAAUGAAGGCAGUAAUGAACAUUCGCCUUUUGAUUGCGCACUUUUUUCACCCGAUGAAGAGGCGGUUGUAAGCUUAGGUGAGUUUGUAAGUGGAGAGUUGGAAUCAGGUGAAUUGACAAGCGGGGAGGAAUAUUAG